UGUACGUGCAAUAAUUAGAGCAUUUGUCCUCCAACAUCAAAACACAAUCCCUCUUAACAAAACUCAACCACCCCCGUUCCUGAAUUUUGGAAUUCCUCCAACUCUAGUAUUGCUGAUUGACCAAAUUAAGCAAUCAAGCAGUUAAGCUUCAAAGCUCCCUUCUUUGCCUUCUACUUCAUUUUUGCACAAUGACUCUCACCACCAGCUUCUACAACUGGGUAUCCCCUCUCUCGCGCGCACGGGACUCCCUCGGAUGUUGGAGAUGGAGAAAACGUGCGUAGAAAUUCGACGUUAAUAUGUGUGCCUAUUAUGGCUAAAACAGUUGAUAAAAUGCUGGUUGAAGUAAGGAAAGCUAAGCAGGAAGGUGCGGACAUGGUUGAGCUUCGGUUAGAUUAUCUCAACAGCAUUAAUCCUUGUGAUCUUCAAGUUCUACUUGAACAUAGUUGCCUUUCAACUUUGGUCACGAUCAGACCAACAUGGGAAGGCGGGGACUACAAAGGCGAUGAAGGUGUUCGCCAGAGCGCAUUGCGUAAAGCAAUGGAAUUGGGAGCUGAUUAUAUAGAUGUUGAGCUCAAGGUAGCAGAUGAAUUUUUCGAGUCCAUUGAUGGAAGGGAGAAUACAAAGACGGCCAUUAUUGUUUCUUCUCAUAACUACAUAAACACCCCAUCUGUUGAAGAAAUAGGAGAUCUUGUGGCAAGAAUACAAGCUACUGGAGCUGACAUAGUAAAAAUUGCAACAACCGCGAUAGACAUUGUAGAUAAUUCACGCAUUCUCCAAUUACUCACUUAUUCUCAGAUUCCCAUGAUUGGAAUUGUUAUGGGUGAAAAAGGACUAAUGUCAAGGAUACUUAGCGCGAAAUACGGAGGAUUUCUUACAUUUGCCACACUGGAAGACAGGGGAUCAAUUUCAGCCCCUGGACAACCAACAACAAAAGACCUCCUAGAGUUGUAUAAUUUCAGACAAGUUGGAGCUGAUACUAAAGUUCAUGGAGUUUUAGGAAAUCCUAUUUCUCAUAGCAAGAGUCCUCAUUUAUACAACGUCGCAUUCAAGUCUGUUGGAUUUAACGGCAUCUAUCUGCCUUUGUUGGUGGAUAGUGUAUCUGAUUUUCUUAGGACAUAUUCAUCUCCUGAUUUUGUUGGGUACAGUUACACAAUUCCUCACAAGAUGGCUGGACUUGAAUGUUGUGACGAGGUGGAUCCAAUCGCGAAGGCAAUUGGAGCCAUAAGUUGCAUGAUUAAAAGACCAUUCGAUGGGAAACUAAUAGGUUACAACAUUGACUACAUGGGAGCAAUUGCAGCAAUUGAAGAAGGAUUAUUACAAGGUACAAGUAACGGAAGCUCUACAAAAGGAUCACCGUUUGAUGGUAAACUCAUGGUUGUGAUUGGAGCUGGUGGUGCAGGAAAGGCGCUUGCCUAUGGUGGGAAAUCUAAAGGCGCCAGGAUAGUCAUAACUGAUAGCAUAAUAGAAAAGGCUGUGGAUUUAGCAAGUAAAGUUGGUGGAAAAGUUAUCAACAUUGCUGAACUUGAUGAUUUUGCUCCGGAAGAGGGAAUGAUUUUGGCAAAUGCUACACCUAUUGGAAUGCAACCAGAUAUUGAUAAUAUGCCUAUUUCUAAGAAAGCUCUGAAGCAUUACUCUCUUGUAUUUGAUGCCAUUUAUACUCCAAAGAUCACUAAACUCUUGAGAGAAGCUCAAAAAUCAGGAGCAACUAUUGUUUAUGGAACAGAAAUGUUUAUAAAUCAAGCUUUCAUACAAUUUGAGAAGUUCACAGGCUUACCAGGUGAAUAUCAAGAAAUUAACAGAUUUUUGUUGGAGCUCCAAAGGAACUUAUGAGAGAAGUCUUGGCUAGGAACACAUAGAAAAUUAUGAAGGUCAGCUAACAUGUAAAUAAGCUAGAGAGACCAGUCGUUACAGAUCGACCUACAUAGAGUGGAUUUACCAAAUUGCUCGUGAUCAACAUACUUAUUGUGGAAUAUUUCUUUUUACCCCAUCUCAAGCAUCAAACUUGUCCUAUAACCACAUAAGCUUACCUCUACAAAAAAUCAAUCUCUUGUCUUUGUAGAGAAGAUAAGCAAAGCACUAUUGAUACAAAGCUCAAUUGGUUCCAUUUGGUCUCACUUAUUUUGUUGUACCAAUAAUUUGUCUAGUGAGAAGAAGCAAGCAUGUACUAUGGUCUUGAUAAGCUACAUUCCAAAUUAAUUUGUUAUAUAUAUACCUUCAAGUCUAA